AUGGCUCCCUCUUCCCCACAGCCGACGAGCUUCACCUCCGCAACCGACCUCCUCUCGUCGUUCCAGUUCGAGCGGAUCCUCUCUGAAGGUCAGCCGCACAAGUCACUGUAGACUCGGGACAGAUCUACAUCUCUGAGCUUUCACCGGACUCAACCAUAGAUCCCAAAGCCCAUGUCGCCUUCUUGCUGGGUACGGCCAUCCCUGAGAACACCCAUGCCCGUCAACCGGCGAUCGUCAAGGUGGAGAAGACGGCAUUCGCACCCGAUGAACUCCAACGGCUCGCGACCUCUUCAGCAUGGGACAAGACAGACACUGUGGGUCAAGUUGGGCUGUUGACUGCCAUCGGGGUCUGAACUCUCAACUGACAGUCUGCAGAUCAAACUUGACCAACAGGUCACGUGCAACAGCAUCUACGGCACCUUUUCGAGUUGGUUCGCACCUGGCCGAGCAAGCCCUGAUGCCCAAAUCACGUCGAUCUGUCCUGCGUCCGAAAAGGUGAGACGAUUUGGCGAAUCAGUGCGACAAAAUCACCGCUGAAGCAGGUAUACCGCGCCCUUCUCCGAAGCACAUCCGCAAGUACAGCCAACAGAUGACCCGGAUCGUGCGCGAGACACCCGAGCUGUACGAAGCCGUCGUGGAGCCCUACAUCAACUCCUUGGAUCCCAACCAGAUUAGCUGGGUCUAUAACAUCCUCAAUGGCACUUCCGAAGCCGAGCACGUGAUCCUGCGCGACGAGGAUCCGGAAACCGGCUUCGUCUUGACCCCUGAUCUGUACGUUGUGGGGGCCCAUCCGUCUGACGACCAAGAAACCUGGCGACUGACACCCGUGUCGCAUGGGCGCAGGAAAUGGGACAAGAAGACGAGCACAUCGCUGUACCUGCUCGUGCUCGUUCAGACAAGAGCGAUCCGGUCGCUACGUGACCUGAGACCCCACCAUCUCCCACUCUUGACCAAGAUCCGGCGCGAAUGCGAAAGGGUUGCUAUGGAGAGGUACGGCAUCGACGAGGGUGAACUGCGAUUCUUUAUCCACUAUCAACCGACUUAUUGUGAGUGGAACGUACCGAUCGGUCCAUGCUAUAUCGAGACUGACCGAUCACUCGGCCCACAGAUCAUUUCCACAUUCACGUCGUAUGUCGGGGCAAAAGUUCGCCAAGCAGUUGGAAGCACAAAGCUCACCUUUCCUCUCUCCCUCUUCGUCCUACAGACCCACGUCAGCUACCUCGGCUUCUCCGGCAUCACUGUCGGCCAAGCCCACCUCUUGGACGACGUCAUUGACCUGCUCACACUUGAGGUCUCGCUCCCCACACCACCGAAGAAUAGCCACUACGCCUCGCGCACCUUCAUUUACGCUCUCGGGACCGAACACGCUCUUUACUCGCAAUUAAGGGACGCGAUCGCUGCUGCUCCUGUUCAGGCUGCUGAUGACCAACGUCCUCAACUUGAACGAGGGACGUCGAACUUGCAAGCUGUGCAUUUCGCCGCGGCGGCGGCAGGCGUCGUUUCGUGA